AUUUACGAAAACUGAAGCACACAGAAUCUGCUUAAAGUGUUACUAAACCCCGGACCCUGCAUGCACUAUAUCUGGUCCCCCCGGACCCUGCAUGCACUAUAUCCUGGUCCCCCCCCGGACCCUGCAUGCACUAUAUCUGGUCCCCCCGGACCCUGCAUGCACUAUAUCCGCUCCCCCGGACCCUGUCACUAUAUCCCCUCCCCGGACCCUGCAUUCACUAUAUCCGGUCUCCCCAGACCCUGCAUUCACUAUAUCCGUCUCCCCAGACCCUGCAUUCACUAUAUCCGGUCUCCCCAGACCCUGCAUUCACUAUAUCGGUCUCCCAGACCCUGCAUUCACUAUAUCCGGUCUCCCCGGACCCUGCAUUCACUAUAUCCGGUCUCCCCAGACCCUGCAUUCACUAUAUCCGGUCUCCCCGGACCCUGCAUUCACUAUAUCUCGGUCUCCCCGGACCCUGCAUUCACUAUAUCCGGUCUCCCCGGACCCUGCAUUCACUAUAUCUAUAUC